AUGUCUGUUGAAGUAAAAACCCCGAAGUUAAACAACUAUUUGGAACCAAAAACUACAAUAGACCAGAUGAAAUAUUUGAUUAUUUUUGAAACAUUCAUUGGAAUAAAUCGCUUAUACUUAUGUGGAUACAGAAAAUGUGUUCUAUGGUUGAGUUAUACAUACGACGUGUUGUUACUUCUCGUGACAGCUACUUUGGUGAUUCGCUAUAACUACGUCAAAACAUUCAAUUUUAGCAAAAAAGUGAUCAUUGUCGAGUAUUUGUCACUAGGCUUUGGCGCUUUAUUGAUGCGUAAGACAUCGCGUAAAUUCUUUUCUAGUCUUCAAUUGUUUGACGAAAAACUUAAUAUCGGAGACGAUGCACCGCUAUUGUCCCCAAAAAGCUGGUACUUAUAUGGCGUUAGGGCUAUAUUAUUUUAUACUCUUUCUGAAAUAAUUUUCUCUGUACUUUUUGUUUUCUUUCUCACUCAUGCAUCAUUCGAAGGCUUAAUCAUUUAUUUACCUAUUAUAGUUCACGAUGUUGAGAUGAUUUUUUACUGUUAUUUACUCGCUUUAAUAUUCUCAAGGCUUGCUCUCGUAAAGGCGCAUGUUGCUAAGGUAUUUCAUAUGAACAUAAAAAAUCAUCCUGAUAGCAAAGAUUCUGAGACUAUAAGAGAACUAGUAAAGAGAGUAAAUUUAGACGUCAGUUCUGUUCACGAUCUCUACGAUUUGCUUCACAAAUGUUCAAAGAGACUCAGCUGUCUAAUGAGUUUAUCGAUGAUAGCAAUAAUAAUAACAUCCGGCUUAUCAACUAUAUCUGUAUUGAAGCAUACAAUUACGAUGAUUCAAAAUAUAGAGGCUUAUUCUUAUCCUGAGGCCAUAGAGUCGAUUGCUAUUUUUUCAAUCGCACGAACUUUUAAGUUAACAUUACUUUUGACUUUACCUUGUUUUAUCACAAAUAAAACUAAAUCUGAAGUGAGUAUCAUACGUGAAAUUAUAUACGACGCUUUGAAUAGGAACAAUCAAGAUAAGAUCGAGCGUCGCAAGAUUAAGGCAUUUUUCCAGUUGGUUUGUGAAAAUGAAUUUGAAUACUCGUUUUUGGGGGUCAUCAAUCUGAAUAUGUCGCUGCCUUUGAGCUAUUGUAGUCUUUGCACUACUUAUCUUAUUAUUGUAAUACAAUUUUCUAAAUUUUUAGAUUAA